AUGUCCACAACUCUAAUAUUUUUGUCCGAUCCCAGAUACGUUUUGGUAAUACGACCUAAUUUCUAUUCGUUGGGUGGCAAGUUGUCAUCUUUGAGUACUACCAAGUCGUUGACUUUAACAUUUUCUCGCCGAGCUACAUCGCAGAUACAAAUGGAAGCAUUUGUAUCUGCGAUAAUGAUGUCCAAUAUUGCUUCCAAAAGAAGUCGUGCCACAGCAGAGCAACUAAGCCAAAUGGUUGAUUUUAUGCUGGAGAACCCGGGAUUGGCAGGAGGAAAAUUUCAGAAGCUCCACGGGAAAGUAGAAUGUGACAGAAAGUGGAGCGAACUAUCUGGAAUUUUAAACAGUCUUGGCGAAGCAGUAAAGACAGUUGAACAAUGGCACACGGUAUGGAGGGACUUAAAAAGUCGUACUACUAUAAAGAUACGUGAAAAGAAAAAGCAGCAGGCAAUGACCGGAAACCGACCGAUCAAUCAAGAGCCUAUUACUGAGUUGGAGAAACGCGUAAUUACCAUUAUUGGGAACGACUACAUAGAGGGUCACGAGUCUGUUGCUGAAAAUUUGCCCAUGGAAGAGGAACUUCAACUGCGUCUUGAAAAUGGUGAAGAAGACGUUAUUGAACUGGCAUUUGGUUCAAGUUCUCCCGAGUUAAGAAGUGAUACUCCCAAAUCGAAUAAAAAGACACCACGAAAAAGUUUGAAGAGAAAGCGAAUGGGUGAUGUUGACGAAAAAGAAAAAUUUUUGGAAAUCGCUAGUAAACAAGCAGAUGCUCUAAAAAUGCUGGCGGAAUCAAGUGCAGCACAUGUCGAAGUUGCAAAACAACAAGCAGAUGCUUUGAAGAUGCUAGCUGAAGUCCGCGCAGCAAGUGUGGAAGCCAACAAAGUGAUGGCAGAUGCUAUAAAAGCUAUGGGAGAAGGAUUAAAGGUAACCGCGGAAGCAUUUACUAAUCUUACAAAUGCUAUUUACCGCAUAUGA